AUGUUUAUAAACAAUUUGUUUAUAAUAAUUUUUCCCAAAACAUUUUAUUACAUAGAAAGCAUUUUGUUCCCAACAACAACUAAACAAACUACCUCAUCUCUAUUUAACAACAAUCUUUCUCCAUUAAUAACUAAGGAGGUUCAUCUGGAGCAUGGGAAAACAUUAAAUAUUUUUGGAAAACAAUAUUCUACAUUUUAUGUCUCACCUAAGGGAAUUAUUUCAAUUGGGGCACCACUUAACGAAACUGUUGUGUCAAACAUUUUUACUGAUAAUGGGGGUGGUUUGCCUCCUUUGAUAUUACCAUUAGUUGCUAAUUAUGACACUAAAUCUAUGGGCAGUAUUAUUGAUGUAAUGGUUGUUGAUGAAGACAAAACACAACUAUUAGGUGACUCGCUUCAACGUAGAAGGCGUGGGGGACUUUUAUCGCGUGCUUCGCUUUUAAUUCGUGAUGGGUUUAGAAUUGCAGAGUUCCAGGCUACCCAAUUAAUUGUUGCAACAUUUAACAAACUUGUAACAGCACAAAAAGAUUUAACCGAAGAAAUGGUGAAUUUUUAA